GAUUGUCUUUGGUGUUUACCUUUGGAAUGGAAAUUCAGGAAGAAGGAAAGUAAUAAUCUCCAAACAAAUAUUAAGUUAAAGUCAAAAGAAUGAAGUUAUACGUUGUAUGUGCUGUACUUAUCGUAUAUCUGACAGAAGCAAAGAAUCCAGGACUUAAAACAAGAAUUACAGAUGCUGGUUUAACUUACGCUAGCCAAGUAGCAAUUGAACAGCUAUCAAAAUCAGCAAAAGGUCAGAAAAUUCCUGACCAGAGUGGCCGUUCAGGAGAUGUUAGUUAUGAAUUAUCAAAUGUUGUGAUAAAUAGUUUCAAUAAUCCAUCAAGUGGUAUUACAGUAACAGCAGAUGGACUGAAUUGGAAGGCUGAUGGAUUAGGACUGUCCAUUAAUGGACACUUUCAUUACAAAUAUCAUGGCAUCAUACCAAUAUCUGAUAGUGGAAAUAUAGAUGUGUCUGUCAGUGGAGUCAAUUUUAAUGUUGGAAUUUCUUUAGGAGUGGAUGGCACAGGUCGACCAAAGAUAGCCUCCAGUGGAUGUAGUUGCAGUAUAGGUUCAUUAGGUGUCCACUUCCACGGUGGUGCUGCAUGGAUCUACAAUCUCUUUAAAGGAGUUGUUGAGGAUGCUCUAAAGAAACAAUUAAAUGGACAGUUAUGUACCAUUAUAAACAAGGCUGUGAAUACAGAUGCCAGUCAGUCAUUGGCUAAACUUAAAGAAAUUUAUUGGACCAGCAGUAUGACAGAGGCACCAUUUGAUCCUCCCUCCAUGCCACCGAUCAGCAGUACAAAAAAGAUGUUCUACAUUUCUAUGUCAGAUUAUGUGUUUAAUACAUUGGCUUAUGAAGCUCAAAUUCACAAGAUGUUAGAGUAUAAUCUGACCCAAAAAGAUCUUCCAGCUAAAGAAAAAGAUUUUCUAAACACCACAUGUGUUGGAACACCAUGUAUUGGACAGGUUAUACCUCAAAUAGGAAAGAAGUAUCCAAACCGACAAGUGACCAUGUUUAUGUCCAGUGAUAUCUCACCGAAUAUGUCUGUUACUAAUGGUAAAGUUAAUGUACUGAGUGGAGGAACCAUCAACAUGUUUACUGUCCAGGGAGAUAUAUUCUUAUUAACAUUAAAUGCUACAAUGACUGCAUCUGUUUCACUGAAUGUGAAGAGUGAGAAGAUUUAUGGAAGUAUUAGUGAAAUGAAACUCAAACUCCAUGUUGUCAAGUCUAACGUUGGACAGAUCAGUGAUACAAUAUUGAACUUUAUAGCGAAUACAGCAAUAAUAGCAUUUGCUGAACCACAGCUCAAUAAGCUUGGUGCUGAAGGUAUACCACUACCAGUAACAGACAAUGUUCAUUUUAUCAACACAGAAGUCACACUAAAUAAGGACACAUUGGUGAUUGGGACAGAUCUUCAGUACCAAUGAAGUUGAAGCAGCAGUAUACACUUACAGUGCAGUUAUGAUUUAAAAGUGGAGAAGAAGAAAGAUCUGUGAUAUUUGACAGAGAAUACUCAUUUCUGUUAUAUAUUUGAUAUGCUCAAAUACGAAGUAUUGAAUGUAAUUUGAAUACUCUAAAAUUUUAUAAGUGACAAUUGUUUAAUAAUUUCAAAUAAUUGUGUCCCAAUAUUUAUUGCUUUUGUUGGUUAUUUAAGGGAAUUUAAAUACUAUGAAAACUAUAUAAUUAGAAUGGAUUUCUACUGUUCCAAAUAUGAAAGCAUGAAUAAAAACAUCUAUGUACCAAAGACUUUACAAGUAAUCUGAGAAGCUUGUAUCUGUGAUUAAAUGUACUCUCACCAUAUUUCUAUUCACUGAUUUUUAAAUAAUAUCAGAUCUGAAAGUUGAAUAUUUUUAUACAAAAUUGAACAUUCCUCUUGAAUCUAUUGCACCUAUGCAAAGAUGAUGUCAAGUCUUGCAGGAUUUUUUUGUUGUUUUUUAGUGAUAUUUUUAUUCCCCCGCCGUAGCCGAGGGGCCAUUAAGUUUUUAUUAUAGAUAUACAUAUUUGGACAAUAUUUGCAUUGAUAAUAAUUUGAUAUUAUAUCAAUAUGAAGAUUUUUUAUGAGGCUUGCCAAUAUGUUAAUAUCUUUGUCAACACACUCAGUUCUUGAUUAAAAAAGUAUUAAUUGUUAUGAAUAGUAUAAUGAAGAUGUAAUUACUAUUGACAAGUCAGGUUUUGGAGAAUCUGUUGAAAUGUGUGCAUUGUAACCAUUCUCUGUAAGAUCUUAUAUAGGGUUAUUCUUUAAUUGAUUUUAAAGGGGAAUAAGGGUGUUGGUGGGUUGUGAGGUACUUAGAAUUAGUCAUUGGUGGAUGGUUGUAUAUUCAAUUAUAAAUCCAAGAAUUAUAUAAAAAAAAUUAUAAUUUUGUAUUUAUGGUUGAUUGGGAUUUUGAUAUGUGCCUUUUUCCUUCAGCCCUCAAAUCAGUCUUGCUCUAGAUUUUUUCUUUUGUUUUUGCACAUAAUAUAGCAUACAUCUUUUAAACACUAUAUGCUAUUUAUAUCUCACACUUUUGUUUCAUAAUUUUUCUAAAUACAGUAUUGAUUUUGUUUGUACUCUAUGUAGUUUUCUGUUUUCUGUAAAUAAUGAAUUUUAAUAAGCUGUUGAUUGUACAUAAUGCAUGCAUUUGUAUUAAUACCUCUGUAUCUUUCUAAUAUUGUUAUCAGGUUAUUUUUGUAGUAUCUUACAUUUUAUAAUAAAAAUAUUUUUGAUAAUAAA